UCCCUUGGUGGGACCUUAGCUGUUGACUCCUUUCUUUCAUGAAAAGCUUGGGUAUGUGCAACUUGAAAGUUUUGCAUUUGCUGCGUUGCCCUGCUGAUUAAGAUUCUCACUGACUUAACCAUUAUGCAAAUCAUCAAGGGUCCUCAUGGAGGUGGAUUAAAAUGAGGUGAUUUCCCCGCAAAUAACAGGUCCUGCGGAGCAGGGUUGUGGAGUGACUAUGACGCAGGUCUGACAUCCAGACAGGACACGGCCCGGAUUUAGGAGCCUCAGCUGUCAGAAAGGAUUCUGGAACAUGGAGAUAAAACCAUCACUGAAAUACAGCCUUUUCCUUCUCUGCAUACAGAAGUAAUUUACACAUAGAUAUUAAGGUUGUAAAGAACCACAGGAUUCCUAUUUAUUGUUUUUAGAUAUUCAUGGGGGAGCUACCAUGCCAGGACCAGAGUGGGUUAGCUGGUAUCUACACGGUAAUGGUACAGACUUUAUUCCAGGUACAAGACCCUUCCAGGGUAUGUAGAGUGAUACUAAUUCUUAUCUCCUGAGUCUCCAGGGCCCAUGUGCUCAGUGUGAGUACCUGUAAAUGCCGGGAAAUCCCCAUGUCUGUUCCACUGGGCUCCAGCAAGCGCGGGCUUGAUGAGUCUGAAGCCUGUGUGGGUGAUGCUACCAUGGAAGGAGUAAAGGGCCCCCGGCUUCUUAGUUUAAAAAGCAAAGCAUCACUCUCCACCCUGUGACGAGUGAGGAGAUAGAUGGAAACAGAUCACUUGUCAGCAAAAGCAGGAAGAAAUAGUAAGACUUGCUCUCAGAUGUUCAUCUCGUAUUUAUAAAAUGCCUGGUCCGUGAUUCUCAACAGUCUCACAGAGUAGUUUCUGUCUCCUCACAGACGUGCCUCAGUAGCUGUAUUUGUGUGUGUGUGUGUAUGUGUGUGUGUCAGCUAACGUCACUCCUGUUUUUCUCUCUGAUUUGCCUCACUGGAAGAGCAAGAUGAAGAAACUAAGAAUGGCCAUGGAGGAAGGUUGUAAAUGUGGCAGGUCACCAAGCAGGCCAGAAACAAGGGUGAUAAGGAACAGAAGGCAGGAUCAACUCCUCUUCGAGAGGGUGGUCCCACCUGUUAAGGAAAGAAAGUCUGAAGUUUGCUUUCUAAAGGCCAGUUGAGACGAGCAUAAUGCUUGAAUUGAAAUACGUGCACUCUUAUGUCAGUAGAUUUCUUACAGUGUUCGAAUUGGAAAGGUCUUUAGAGGUCAUCCUGGCCAACUCCUGGUUUUACAGGUGAGCCGGCUGAAGCCCAGAAAGGGUCACAUGCCUUAUCUGCAGACACCUGGCUAGUAUGUCAGAAAAUCACCAGACUGUGAGGCUUCUGCCUUAGGCUGCUGUUUUGUUUUGUUUCUUCCCAUCAUACAUUUGAGAACAGAAUGAAUAGCAUCAGUGUAAUUUGUUCUUAAUAUGCUGACUUCGGGACACCUGGGUGGCUCAGUCGGUUAAGUGUCCGACUUCAGCUCAGGUCAUGAUCUCAUGGUUCAUGGGUUCGAGCCCCACAUUGGGCUCUGUGCUGACAGCUCAGAGCCUGGAGCCUGCUUUGGAUUCUGUGUCUCCCUCUCUCUCUGCCUCUCCCUCUCUCUCUCUCUCUCUCCCUCAAAAAUAAAAUAAACAUUAAAAAGAAAUCUCUUUGAAAAAAAAUGCUGGCUUCUAUCUCACUAGCCCAGCCUAGAGAUACAUCUUCUAUAUCACUUAACCAAGCCAAAAAAUAUAGAAAAAGUACAGAUCUUGCCCUUAGGAAGUUGAUUUUUUAAACUAUUUGGAAUUGAAAAACAAGACACAAAUGCCCAGAAUUAAAAGUCUCCUGACUGUGGCAGUCUUGGACUCUUCUCUUCAGGCAUCUCCAGAAGCCAUCCUCAUUUUUCAGCUGUUUCCUUUAGCCACACCAUGUGGUUUACUAAGCAAAAAACAAAACAAAACAAAACAAAAAACACAUAUGAUUUGAUAUCAGAAGACUUUGUAUGUGUGUAAAAGCCUCUGGGUUCAUUUCCCGAGGUAAAUGACCAUCUUGUUCAAUCUUUCAGGUAGAGGGGAAAUGCAGUACUACAGACAGACAGGUUCUUCCAGAAGAUUCCCUCACCUCCACAGCUCUGCCUCCUAGCUCCAAUUUUGGAGCCACGGUGCCCACCCUUGUUCCUGGGAACACAUACAUCCCUGAGAUUUUUCCAGUGCUGCUCACUGAUGGCCUAACAGCACUGCUUUUGCCACAGGUCUCCUAUAGAAAACUUGUGACUUUCCCAAGGCUGAAGGGUUUUUUCUAGGAGCUGCCUUGUGUACAGAUUGUUAACAGUGUUAACAUGCUCAUACAGUGUUGGAGUUCACAUUAAAAUCCAGUUUUUAAACACAUUUUUUUCAUGGGAACCCUCCACCCCACCUCUUCCCUCUUCUUUCUUCCACCUUCCAUACUUACAGUUUCUGAAGGGAAGGAAGGAGAUCUGCUGAAACACCAUAGAAUGUUCGGAAUAGUAUCAGUACCCUGAUUUCUCUGCCUAGUGGACCCCGGUGGCAUAUAUAAGAAACUUCCCCAAAGUAACCUGUCUCCUAAUUUUCACCUCAAAAAGUCACUUAUCCAAGUCAGCAAGUGAUAGAAGUCACGUUGAAUUCAGCCUUUUCUCUCUUCUUUCAGGCCUCAUAGGGGAGAUGUAAUCGUGCAGUGAAAAUAACCAAAAUUCAAAUUGAGAAAUAAAGGAAGACAGACUGAUGGCUCAAAAAUUGAAUGAUCAGUUUCUGAAUAACCUCAAAUCUUUGGUUUCUUUGGCUAGAGAUCUGAAGCUUCAAAUAUUAAGUGAGGUAUAAUACUAACAAGAAUCAAAAGGAAGAGAGGAGAGAGGAAAGGAGAGGAAAAAGAAGAAAAUAUCUUACAGUUGCAGUCCCUGAGAGUUUUAUAGUGCUUCUAUAUAACGUUACUUUGCUCACUCUCAAAACAAUUAGAAGUAAAAACAAAAAGACUGAAUUCUCAAUUCUCACAGUGUAGAAACCAAGGCUCAGAAAGGUUAAGGACUUUCUCUAGGGGUGCCUGGGUGGCUCAGUUGGUUAAGCGUCUGACUUCAACUUCGGCUCAGGUCACUAUCUCAUGGUUUGUGAGUUCGAGCCCCACGUCAGUCUCUGCACUGAUGGUGUAUGGAGAUUGUUUCAGAUCCUCACUCUCUCUAGCUCUCUGCCCCUCCCCCAGCUUGUGUUCUCUCUUUCAGUCAAAAAUAAAUAAACAUUUUUUAAAAAUUAAAAAAAAAAAAAAAGGAAGAAAGGCUAAGGGACAUUCUCCAGGUCACGUAACUGUUACCUGGAAGAACCAGGAGUAGAACUUGGGUGUUAGAACUCGGCUAGCCAUCUGCACUACUAAAUAACGGUGGAAUGGAGGUAUUUCCCAAAGGUCACAUGGCAGGUUGAUGUUAGGAAAUAGAACCGUUUUCCUUCCACCCUUCCCUUGCUGGUAUUUAAAUUUGUGAAUACUUUAUCUGGCCUUGCCUUUCAGUCUCGUCAUUUGACCAUGUUUGAUCACAUUUAUCACACUUCCACAGAAAUAAUUCAGGUACUUUUUAUUUUAAGAUUUUAUGCAUGUUGGAGAUAUUUCCAAGAUGUCUCCCUGUACAGUACAAGGUCUUUUCACCAAGUAGUCUCUUCGAUCUGUUCAGGGCAAGAGUGCUGGAAAGCUGUUAAGAUUAUCUUGAUUUUUGUAUAUCCUCAUAUCAUACAUAAUGCCAAUCACUCUGGCUUUCAGGUUGUACUAUAAUUUAUUUCGACCCUCUUUCACAUGGCAUUUGUUGAAUUUCUUUACAAAGCAUCCUAUUAUUUACCUGCCAUCAUAAAGAUUGUUUUUUCAUCUGUGUUCUUAUAAUUAAGGUAAAUGUAAGGUGAUCUUAUUCCGUAUAUAUCUUAGUAUUGUUUUACACGUAUCUGACCGCUUGUUUGGAGAGCAUAACAUUUCUCUGUUGUUCUUGAGCCUGAGGGAAUUUGUGAUGCCUUGUUCUUCACUUUUAAAACAAGUGUUUUAUUAUGAAAAUUUUCAAAAUGUGUACCAACUGGGAGGAGAGAACAUUAUGGAAACUCACGUAUUCAUCAGAUCCGGUGUUGAUUCUUCUAUCAUUUUGGCUUUCUCUCCCUUUUUGCUGGAGUGUUUUAAAACAAAUUGCAGACCGUAUGUCAUUUCAUCCUUAGGUACUUCAUUGUACCCCGCUUUAAAAAUGUGGAAUUUUGGGGCUGCAGGAGAAGAUGGCGGUCUCCACAGGAGUUAAAGUUCCUCGUAAUUUUCGCUUGUUGGAAGAACUUGAAGAAGGACAAAAAGGAGUAGGCGAUGGUACGGUUAGCUGGGGCCUUGAAGAUGAUGAAGAUAUGACACUUACAAGGCGGACAGGCAUGAUUAUUGGGCCACCAAGGACAAAUUAUGAAAACAGAAUAUAUAGCCUGAAAGUAGAAUGUGGACCUAAAUACCCAGAAGCUCCUCCAUCAGUUAGAUUUGUAACCAAAAUUAAUAUGAAUGGAAUUAAUAAUUCCAGUGGAAUGGUGGAUGCACGGAGCAUACCAGUGUUAGCAAAAUGGCAAAACUCAUAUAGCAUUAAAGUUGUACUUCAAGAGCUAAGACGUCUAAUGAUGUCCAAAGAAAAUAUGAAGCUUCCACAGCCACCAGAAGGACAAACAUACAACAAUUAAUUUUAGUGGAUCUCAAACUUGUCUUAAAUCAACAGCCUUCUACUCAUGUUAAUGUCUUGAUUAAAUAUCACAAUGCAAAAUACCCACACAUUAAGUAAAAGAAUUCCAGCUGGUAAACAUGA